UUUCUUUUUUUUUUUUUUGUUAUUUGACAAAAUUAACUUUGAUUUGUAAGUCAAUUGAAAUACGAUUGGCAUGGAACAAACAACUUCUCAAGACGCUGACUUGGGUAAACCUGUCAAGUCAUUUUUUACAACAGAAACCCGUUCCAACCCCGCGUUCGUUACUGUCAGCCAUAUCACUACUUCGGCAGAAAUCACUAAUCCAACAGUCAAUAAAUUGCGUAGUGUACCUAUACCACCUUUACUGCUAAAAAAACCAGAAAGUCACUCUUCGCUUUCCCCGCUUGAAGACAGCACUCAAAAAAUGCCAGUAACGCCUAUUGAAAUAAAUAAGACAUUCAACAAGAAAAGUAACAAAUCUUUUUUUGUCUCAAAUAAUGUAGACGAGGAGUGUACAUCCUAUACAGAAAGCGAAUCAGCUCAACUUUCUCCUCGGUAUAACAGCCCUCCUGCAGCAGGAAGUGGAGGCAAAUAUAUGAUAAAAUCAAAGAGAGCCAGCUGGAUCAUAGAUACUAGUAAUGGCUGUGAUUACACGAGUGCGCCUUCCACUCCUGUCAGUCUCCCUGAAAGUAUCAGAUUUGCUCGAAGCAGAAAAAACUCGAUAGCAACAAUAGACUUUAACAGAAAAUUGAUGCUUGUCGACGAAAAAAAUACAAUAUCUUCACCAUCCUUUUCUUCGCCUUCAUCAAGUAGCAAAUCUGGAUUCAUAUCUCUAUUACGAGAUAAGAGGUCACCUAAAAGUCCAUGUGAAGACAUCUUUCGACAUCAAAGAGACUCUUCUAUCUCUUCUGUACUAUCUGAUAACACUAGCAUUAUUUUUUACCCCGACGAAGAUCAUCUUUUGUCUAGAGAUGGCUCUAUCUCGUCAAAUGGUCAAGGAACCGAUCAGUUAAGACUGACUCAUAGACUAUCUGAAGAUACUUGUACUUUUUCAACCAAUAGUAAGAGCCCUUCUCAUGUUGAAGUUACUAGUCUUCCUGAAUAUCAACAAUCACUUCAAUCAUUUUUGAAGAAACAAAUGUCUAGUUCUCAUUUUUCUUCAUUGUUUUUACCUUCAGAACUAGAAGAUGAUAAAGACAUAACAGAAAUUGAGCUUAGUGAUACAACUGAAAAGCAAAUACACCCUACUGUUCUAGGCGAUACCGACUAUCAGUCACCUGUUUACCCAGCAAUGUUUCUCAGGACCAACAACUCAACUCAUGCAGAUCCUGAAUUAUACUAUAACGAGGCCAUGUCUGUUCCAGAUGUAGAAGAAUAUUUUACAUUACCACCUCAAGCUUAUGAAGGCUCCAAAAGUGUUCCCAUCAGACGUCGUACACUCAAGCAAGACUCACCUAAACAAGAUCCAUAUACCAACAAAAUACAGAUAUCCCGCUCUGCCAAAAUCAAAAAAUGGUGCGCCCAACACAGACAAACCGAAUGGACAAAUUGGAUGGACGAUAUAUCCCCAAAUCCACUUCUUCCGCAGGCAAGAGAAUGGUGGUCAUUGGUCCAAGAAGAACUUAAUAAAUCAAAUCAGAAGCACCACGAUGCUAUGCAUAUAAACUUGCAGCAAUCCCAAUACAAAUUUCCCAUUGAAUCGAAUGCAAGUGAUAUUGAUAGCCAUUGUUUUUUGAAUGGAAAUCACCACUGCUUAGAUGGUAUCGAUUGUGAGGUAGCAUCAAGUGCUAUAGAAGGCGUGGGAUAUCGAUUCAAUCAUUGUGAAAAAAGUCCCUUUGCUCAUUUUGGUGAAGGCUAUGAAUCCUUUGUCUCACCGUACACUCGCAAAAACAGUAACAACAAUGACUAUCCUAGACGCACAAUCAAAGCAAGAUUACUAUCUGCAAAAUCAGCAUGUAAUUUGGAAUUAAGAAGAAUCAUUGAUGGACUGAAUGAAUACGUUGAAAAGGGCUUACUUUACCUGGAAGCUGUAGAUUCUGAUAUCGAGACAAAAAAUAAAUGUCAACAGAAGCCUAUCGUAGAUGGUGUUACAUCCUUUGAGGCACCUGAUUGCUAUCAGCAAGAUUCAAAAGAUUUUGCUACAAUGAUAUCAGAGGAUGCAUAUCUACCCACGCCUUUUAUUUUGACUCUGCAAGACCUAAUUUGUUUGGCUCAAAGUGUUUUGGAUACUGAGCUUUACGUAUUUUUGGAAAACACGGGAGCUUGUGCAAGUACUGUUUCUAGUAUACAAUCCAUUGGCACUCAAUGGGUACAACACAAGGAGUGGCCUUGCAAAGAAUGGUACGUUCAGCUAUUACUAUGUGUAGCUGCUUUCAAUCGAGUGAUAGAAUGGUGGCAAGCUGAGCACAGUUUUUGGACCGCCUCAUCCACUUCGAUUGCAUCUACGCCAACAAUGACACCAGCACUCAAUCCAACUGGAUCUAAUAAAACUGGUAAUCAGUCUACAGGAGAAAUAGCAAGUGACAUAGGGAAUAUGCACACAAGGACAAAUAGUGCUGUACUCAGCUUACUCCAAAGCAGGCCUGAAACCGAAGCAAGUCAGUUGCAAGAAAAUGCAGAGAUAGGUCAAAGCUGUACUAUCGUUAUGGAGUUGUCUCUUGCUAAUACAGCUAUAGAAUAUUUAAGCCCUAUUUGGUAUCAUGUGAUUGGUACUUUACCUCAAUCUGCCAUUGGCUUAGAUAUUUCACAAUUAUUAUCAGAUGAAGACAAAAACGUUUUCAAAAUCGCAACAAAAGAAAUGUUGGCAGAUGAUUCAAGAACGGUUGAAGUUGUUUUCACUGUAUGUCCAGACAAAUCUAAAGGCACAAUUCAAAUGGAAGCUAAAGGAAUGCUCAUGUACAAUCGAGUGACAGGAGAACCUAGUCAUACAAUGUGGGUUAUGAAGCCCUUUGAACCAAAAAAUUUAGUUCAUGACGAUACAUUGCAAAACAUUAAAACGUCCUCAAUGAGAAGAUCUAUUUCUCAUGGAGACGCACCCACCGGUUCUGAUAUCACUUCAGUCCCUCAUCUUCUAGGGCUUCCUCCAGUUCUUUGCAACAUUUGUGAGCGCCGGGUUAUGGCUGUAUUUUUUGAACAGCACUCAGAACUAUGUGCUGAAAUACAUCGUGCUGAAAUGGAUGUAGUUACAUGCAAUGACAGUUUAGCAGAAAUUAAACAUUAUGUUCAACGACUCUGUGACCUAACCAAAUCAGAAGUAGAACAACUUGAACAAAAUCCAGACUCUGCAUUGGACGACAAAAAAGAUCAACCAAGCUUUUCAAAAGAAAAUGAUCCCAUUUUCGGUGAUAAACUGCCACUGGAGCAAGUCAUGUCUAGCCCUCUAGAAAGGAAAACAUCAGAAUUAGAGAAAUAUAAUUCAUUGCGCGAUAUUAUGGAGGUUGCCUUGUCUAUAGUUACUCCAAGUACGAUAGAAGAUAUUGCAUUGGAAAGUAAUCAAUCAAAAAUUAUUCAAAUUCAAUAUUAUCGUCCACCACAAACAGAUGAUCCAGACACAGAAUCGUUAAUUCGUGACAUUGAAAUAAUAAUCAAAUCUAAAGUAGACGCUAUAAAUCGAGUUCAAAACUGUAUCGACUAUAAUCAAAGAAUACGACAGAUUUUUAAAACGAAUAUAAUCAAGGACAGUAAUUGGAGUGAAUUUGUAUUUCCAGAAAACAAAAGUCAAAAUUCAAAAGAUGAUCAAAGUCAGUUAGCCGAGGAAGAGAAUAAUAAAGAGCAACCUCAAGAGGUGACAAAAGAGACAAUAGAGUUACCUAAAGAAGAAAACGAGGAUAAAGGGAUCUUAAGUAGAAAGAAGAGCAUUUUCAGAAAGAUUAAAGACUGGAAAGUAAAAGGGAAAAAAAGCAGUAGCAGACAUUUCAAGAGAAUCUCAAAGCAACUAAACAAGGCUUGCUUCAUGACCAACACUCCUCAGCUUACCUCCACGAUGCAUAACCCAAUAGACACAGUCAAUAGUAAUCAACAAAAAAUCUAUGAAAUGGAAACAAUUGAGACGCCAAUAGCCUCUCCUUGUUUACAGCCUUUAUCUAUCGAUACUGAGCCUUCAAGAAAAAAGAGUACGUUAGGACAGCCUCCAAAAACUCCUACAUUGCUUGGAAAAUCAUCUGUUUCUCGAUCUCCUGUUUCUUCGGCUCGUUCGGUAGCUCCUAGCAUCAAGGAUUUUGAUAUAAUUAAACCAAUUAGUAAAGGGGCUUUCGGAUCUGUUUUCCUCGCAAAGAAAAGAGUAACGGGAGAUUACUAUGCUAUCAAAUUUCUCAAAAAAUCUGACAUGAUUGCCAAGAAUCAAGUGACAAAUGUCAAAGCAGAACGCAUGAUUUUAAUGACUCAAACAGACAGUCCAUUUGUUACCAAACUAUACUAUACAUUUCAAUCAAAAGACUAUCUGUAUUUGGUAAUGGAAUACUUGAACGGUGGUGAUUGUUUAUCCUUAAUCAAAGUGCUUGGAAGUUUACCUUGCGAUUGGGCUCGCAAUUACCUUGCAGAAGUAACGUUAGGACUGAGUUAUCUUCACGAAAAGAAAAUCAUCCAUCGUGACCUCAAACCAGAUAACUUACUGAUUGACCAAAAUGGGCAUCUCAAGUUAACUGAUUUUGGUCUUUCUCGUAUUGGCUUUUUGGAUAGACGAGUGCGUGACGAAUUGAGCCGAGAACCGUCUACUAUGCCACCAACAUCGCCUGCACCUUCUCGGUCAGCGACACCGCCAAAUUUCCCUGCAGCUGCCAAUAUACCUCUAGUAAACAAUGAUAAGUUAUACAAACAUUCUUAUUUCAGUGUUUUAUUUGAUCGAGGAGAGAAUAGGCGUGAUUCUCAUGCAAGCACAUUGUCGAACGAAGAAUCCUUACCUUUAUCUAAUUCACUUAGUUGUAAUAACAGCCUAUUUACAAUCAAUCAAGAUUCAUUUGAUAAUAGUGUUAGCAACAGUCCAGCUUCAAAACCACCAAGAUCGCACCGACAGCGAGUUACUUCAGGCAUACUAUCUCCUGGAAUACUAACGCCUGUUUCUUUCCCUUCAAACACACAAGAGGACAAAGACCACUCAAACUAUGCAAUAGGAACACCCGAUUACCUUGCACCUGAGAGUAUUCUUGGAACAGGCCAAGAUUCAAUGGUUGACUGGUGGGCUUUAGGCGUAAUUUGCUACGAAUUCCUGUAUGGUUAUCCUCCUUUUCAUGCAGAAACACCAGAUAAAGUGUUUGAAAACAUUCUCUCGCGCAACAUCAACUGGCAUAAAGAUGAUAUUGACCUGUCUGAAGACGCAUAUGAUUUUAUGGGUCGAUUGUUAACACUUGAUCCAGAAAAAAGGCUAGGUAGAAAUGGUCCUGAAGAAGUGAAACAGCAUCCUUUUUUCAAGGACAUCAAAUGGGAUCAAAUACUUCAUGAAUCACCCUCAUUUAUUCCUAAACCAAUGGACCAAGAAGACACAGACUAUUUCGACUCACGGGGUGCCACAAUGCUAGAAGAACAGCAGCAAGACAAUUUACAAAACUUGGUCUUGGAAGAAGUCAGACGAGCAAAGGCAAUUAUCAAUGAACAGAAUCCAGAUAACAUCUCAUUGUUAGAGAACCAAGAGUCAUGUCAGUCGUUAGACGAUGCCAAUUUUGGAGCAUUUGUUUACAAAAACCUUCCUGUACUUGAAAAGGCUAAUGAAGAAGCUAUUCGAAGAAUACGUCAUGAAAGUCUUUCUUCAUCUUCGUCUUCAAAUGCGUCUAUUGAUAGGCUUCGUAGCUGGUCUCUUAAGAAGAGAAAUUCUAUAGCAGAUCCAAAUUCUUUACGCAAUGAAAGUGGCAAUAACAGUUUCAGUAUAUCACCAUCGUCAACUCUAGCCCCUUUGUUACUAUCAAAUACGUUACAAUUCACAAAUAGUAGUUCAUUACCCUGCACACCACCUCUCACAUUAUCGCCAUCAUCUUCAACUCGGGCAUCAAACGCCUUGUCCUACCGUCGAUCCGUUGAUAUGGCCCAUUCACCUUUAAGUCGUACAGAGAGAUUAAAGAGAUCAGAAAGCAGAGUUCCUCAACGAUCUAGAUCAGUCUCUUCUCCGGGAAAUCGAGUCUUUCACCCUUCAAUAGCAAUAUCUUCUACUUCUGAAUCCACGUCUCCAUCUACUCCAACUUUUACUGUUGAGAGUCGAGCGGUUAGCAGCAAUCUUUUUACAGACAGUCAGUACGCUGAAAGUGUCCCGCCUAUGGUGCCUCAAGCGCCACAUCCUUUAGAUUGUGAGACAACCCCUAAAGUUCUCAGCUGUCUGAUUGCAGACGACAAUCCUAUUAGCUGCAAAAUCUUGGAAACCGUGCUACAUUUACUACACUGUCGUUGUGUGGUAGUAAGGAAUGGAGCGCAAGCUAUCCGCUGUGCUAUGGGUGAUAAAGUGCAAUUCGAUUUGAUUUUCAUGGAUAUCAGAAUGCCUAUUGUGGACGGAGAAGCUGCUGCUCGUAUGAUAAAAUCUACAAAUAAUAUCAAUAAGAAUACACCUAUUAUUGCGGUCACUGCUUAUGAGAAAACGCUUCAACAGGCGAGUAUAUUUGAUGACACUAUCUCUAAACCAGUGAAGAAGGAGACCAUAAUGCAAUGCAUUCAAAGGUUUUCAAAUGAAUCGCGGAAGAAUAAUCAAUUAGCAUAUCAUAACCUGGCUUUCUCUCUUAACAGAAAAAUAACAAAAACUCAACCAAUUUCAUUUUAUUAAAAAAUAAACAAGAUCCAAUAUUCUAUCCCGUUGCCAAUACAUAUAUAAAUGG